UCACUUCCACCGCGACCUGCUUCACCACCGCCAUCGCCGCGAAGAGGACCAAGAGGCGGACGUUUAUUAGACCGAAUUGGGCCAGUUGGAGCGGUGGCAACACGUGUAUCUGAUUCGUAUGUCCCACCACACGACUUUGAUCGACGAAGAGACCGAAGAGAUCCUCCACCGCGGAGAGACCGAGAGCGCGACAAUGGGUGGCCAAGAAGAAGAUCACCUGACCCACCACGCAGAGGUGGAGACUCGUUUAUUCCUGAUAGAGACAGAAAUCGGUACUAUGACAGACGACCGCCUUCGCCUCUACCUCGAGGUGUGUUCUAUUUUAUGUCCCUUAUAAAUAAUCUCACUUGACUCAGGUAGAUAUCCCCGUCAAAUGUCUCCCUCUCCUCGACGGAGGAUUGGCUCGCCACCACCACGUGAUAGACGCCCACGAACUCGCAGUCGUACUCGCAGUCCACCACCCUCAGCAAAACGGCUAAGGUUAGGUUCGCAUGCAAUUGGUGGGCCAAUGAGAUCUCCUUCCCCUCGACGAAGACCGCCACCAACACCUCGAAGUCGAAGUCCCCGCCUGCCUGCACACUCGAGACCGAGUCCAGCAAAUGGGACGCCAGAGCCAGGCAUGAUCGUCGAAGACUCCCCGCAGCCCGUCAAGAAAGAACCCGAGCCAGAAGUCAAAUCUGAGCCAGUAGAACCAAUCAAAAUGGAAAUCGAAUCCACUGUAGUCAUGAAAUCGGAACCAGAGCCUGUGAAGAUGGAAGAGGAUAUCAAAGAGCCUGUUGUAAUACGACAACCACCCACUCAACCUCGAGCACAUACAUCAGCCAAUGAUGCCCUUAUUCCUACGGGCCCGAAAUCCAAUUCGCCCGCCCGACCACCCCCUUCUAUUCCAACAGGCCCAAGAAACACAUCACCACAAAGGAUCCCUACUGGUCCGAGAGCGAAUUCCCCACCGCGUAUUCCAACUGGCCCUCGCUUGUCUUCUCCCCCUCGUGCUCCGAAUUCAUCUGUUACUAUACCUUCUGGCCCAAGAGGCCGCAAUCGUUCACCGCCCAGAGGACCACGAGGUGAUCGGUUUGGUGUGCGCGGUCGUGGUGGUCGGCGAGGUGGAAUGCCUGCCUCUGGAACUCUGUCAAACGCAACUCCGUUGGGCCCUGGUGGAGCUUCGAAAUAUCAACAACAGCCCUCCACACCUGCUACGCCUAUUAUUGAGUCACUACCCGCACCUGAGAAGAAGGAGAAUGAAGUUGAAAUCGUUGUUUCUACCCCCGUUGUCGAGCCUCCAAAGCCCAGCAUCCCACUUCCGCCAAUACCAGUUUGGGACGUGAAGAUGCAUCCAGAACGGGCCGAGCUGCAUAAAAUGUUGGAAACAAACAAAGCCCAUCGCGCCAAUCUGCAGGCACAGUACCUUAACCCCGAGAAGAACCCACAGCGUGCCGUAAAUGAACUAGACCUUGCGACAAUCGAUUGGCGAGCAGCAGAGGGACGCACAGCAAGAAUGCACGUUCAGGUUGAGUUGGCGAGAGCAGGCAAGUUUGGAGUUGACUAUGAAAUGAGGGAAGAAACCUUAGUUGUAUGA